AAAAAAUCAGUUUUUUGAGCCACAGCCUUUUUGCAGGCGCAUAUCUGCCUCACACGCUGAGAAAACAAGUUUCCUGCAGCGCCGUACUGCCCUCUUGACGCUGCCGCUCGAAACAUCCGCGGCACAAGCGCGCAGGACAGACACAGCAGGACCACUCAAUCCACACACCCGCGCACGAACGAUGCCCGUCCUCGCCGCAGUAGAAGGCGGCGGCACGACCUAUGUCGUCGCCAUCGCGAAAGACAAACCCGAGAAUAUCAUUGAGAGGGCCUCGUUCCCGACGACGACGCCGGAAGAGACCCUAAGCAAGUGCAAAGCCUGGCUCAGACAGCGGUCCUUCGACGCCCUGGGCAUCGCGACCUUCGGCCCCGUCGACCCAAGAACAUCAUCGAAGACCUAUGGCCACAUCACGAAGACGCCGAAGAAAUUGUGGCGCGACGCGGACGUCGUCGGCGCUUUGGACAUCUUCGGCGUGCCAGUCAAGUUCGACACGGACGUGAACGCGCCCGCUUUAUCCGAAUACCGCGCCAUGAUCGACAAAGGAGAGGACCCGUCGUGCGUCGCCUAUGCGACCGUCGGCACCGGCGUCGGCGUUGGCCUCGUCGUGAACGGCGCGCCCGUUCAUGGAUUAUUGCACCCGGAGGCGGGCCACGCCUGCGUGCCGCGCUACCCGGGCGAUGAUUUUGCGGGCCACAACCCUUCAUUAAACUGCCCGGGCUGGGCCGAGGUCGAGGCCAUGUGCGCGUCCGGCGCUUUGGCAAAACGCGCGGGGUUGAAUGACACGGCCGGCCUCAAGGAUUUACCUGAUGACCACCCGGUCUGGGACGUGGCCGCGCACUACCUCGCGGCGCUCUGCGCGAACUUGAUCCUGGUCGUGUCGCCCGAGAAGAUCGUGCUCAGCGGCGGCGUCAUGCUCCGCGCGUCGCUCUUUCCGCGAAUUCGGGCGAAGACGGUCCAAUAUUUGAACGGCUACAUCCCGGUGCCCGCCGUGGCGUCGGCCGCGGCGGCCGAGACGCUCAUCGUGCCGUCGCCCCACGGCAACGACGCGGGCAUCAUCGGCGCGCUGACCCUGGCGCAGGACGCGCUCGGCGGUGGGUCCUCCUCGCCGUGCCGCCUCUCUUUGAUGGGCGGCGCCUUCGCGGCGGGGGCGCUGCUCGCCGCGCUACUCCGCUAGCUGUGUCGUCGCGUAAGGUUACGAGACUGUG